UGCACUUUGAAAAAUGGGCCUGACAGGAAUUUUCAUUAAAAAAUUAUUUAAUCUUGAAGCCCAAUUAGGUCAAUUAGUUUAACCCUAAUUUAUUUCCAACGAAGCUCUCGGCAGUCAACACUCACACUGUAGUUGAAAACGAUUGCUCCACCGUCACUCAGCCAAUCGCCGCCGCCGGCUCGUCACCGUAGCAGGGAUGGAUCGCUGAUAGCGGCAACGGUGGAUCCCCAUUUGAACACCGGUUCAACUCCAAUGGCAAAAACAGAAGGGAAUUCAUCGGGCCGUAAUCGCCCUUAUUAUUUCAGGGGAUGCAAAGGGAAGAAGAGUUCGACAAAUAUAGAUUCUCUUUCGGACGAAUUGGUGUUCGACAUUCUUUUAAAUCUCCCAGCCGAAGAUAUUUGCGAGAACGCCGUGCUCGUUUGCCGUAGGUGGUCCCACAUGAUCCGCACCCACGACUUCGUAAACGAACACAUUCUGCAUCAUUCAAUCCCGGGGCUUCUCAUCCUUGAUUAUAAUCGGGAGAAGAAGAAAAAUCCCUCGAUCUUUGUGGCAAUGAGACAAGGCCGAAUCGAGAUAUCUGAGUUCAAUUACAAGAUGAGGGGAAACAUUUUAGCUUGUUGUAAUGGUUUGAUACUCGAGUUUUACAUCUCGAAACAUGCGCUUGUGAUUACAAACCCUGCAACAAAGCAACACUUUGAUGUCCCUCGAUUCGGUCACCCGAACUGUUCUAGUAUGGCGUAUUCCGCCGUUUCCAUGAAGUACAAAGUGGUUCUCACUUAUCACCAUGGUGGUGACGUGUCCACUUUGCGGUGCGUUAUAGCGACGGUGGGAGUGGAUAAGUCUUGGAGGGAUGUUUGCUUACAACACUUAUCUUUCGAAGCAAAGAAUUACUUGUACAUGAAUCCAAUUACAACCGGAGGUUUUCUACAUUGGACGAGAAGACACACUCACACUUCUGUUGUGACUUUGAACGUAGAGACUGAAACUAUUACGCAGUAUCCCGUCCCUCAAGGACAAGACUAUGAUAGAAGGUACAAGUACUAUUUGUCGACAGGAAAAUCUCUAUCGUUGUUCAUUUCCAACGGUAGUUUUUCGAUGGAGGUUUGGGAGAUGAAAUCGGAUUCCGGAGAAUGGUCCGAGAUGUGCACCAUUGACUUGGAAUCUCGAAAGAACGAAUUUGAUAAGUUACGUUGUGGAAAGUCCCCUACGUUGUUCUAUCUCGCACCAGCUAGUUGGUUGAAAUAUCCGGAGGUGGUGGUUUUGCGUGUUUCACAUCCAAGCUGUGUUUGCAUUGCUUACAAUAUUACUACAGAUGAAAUCGACUUUCUCAAUUUGGGGUCUAACUGUAAUAAUUACGAAUUCGAACUCCAUACAAAGACCUUGGCGUGGUUGAAUUGAGGCUGGUCAAUUUUUUGUGUUUCCUUUUUCUUUUUCUUGGAGAACUAUUUUCUGAUACUCUUUU